CAAACCCAAGUUCCCGAACACCACCAGAGUGUGCCCUAAUUUCUUCGCAGACCCAACAAAACAAACACAACACACAACACACGCUGAGACACUCUACCAUACCUAUCGUCCGACGGUAACCUCUGGCCGACGAUCUGCACUGAACGACCGACGAUCUACACUUCUGAACGGCGAUCGAUCUACACUGAGUAGUGUCAUCGGAGGAGAGAGAAGAAGACCUAGCUAGCGUUGGGUUGGGGUGAGAUCACCAGCGAUGGCGAUGCAAACUGGCAUGGGCCUCUCCAAGAUCUUGAUCUUGGUUGGAGCAGGGUACACUAGUACGAUCCUGGUUAAGAAUGGUAAAUUAUCUGAUAUAUUGGGCGAAAUUCAGUCCCUGGUGAAAGGUAUGGAAAAAAAUGGGGAAUCAUCAGAGUCCGACUCUGACGUUUCUGAUGCCAUCGCUUCUCAGGUGCGUCGGUUAGCGAUGGAGGUUCGGCAACUAGCCUCAGCAAGACAGAUAACUGUGUUGAAUGGAAACUCUGGCCAAAUCGGUAACAUGACCUCUCUUAUAGUGCCAGCUGCUGCCGUGGGUGCAUUGUGUUAUGGAUGCAUGUGGUGGAAGGGUCUUACCUUCUCAGAUCUUAUGUAUGUAACAAAGCGUAAUAUGGCAAAUGCUGUCUCAAACUUGACAAAACAUCUGGAGAGUGUGUCCGAGGCUCUUGCUGCAACAAAGAGGCACUUGACACAGCGAAUUGAGAACUUGGAUGGAAAACUUGACGAGCAAGUGGAAAUAUCAAAGUUAAUUAAGAAUGAGGUGACUGAUGUUCGUGGUGAUCUUUCUCAAAUUGGCUCUGACUUGGACGCACUACAGAGAAUGGUUUAUGGCUUGGAUGGAAAGAUAUGUUCACUGGAAGACAAACAGGACCUUGCAAAUCUUGGUGUGUUGUACCUGUGCAACUUUGUUGAUGGAAGAAAAGUGAAAAUGCCAGAAGUUCUUCAGGAACAACUCAAGCUUUCUGGAAAGCCCCCGUGGUUAUCUCAAUUCUUCUGAACCUCCAAGCCUAAUGGGUCUCAAGGAGAUAGCGGAUUCUUUAGUGUCGGGAAAUGCCAAUAGGUUAAUAAUUGAUGGUACUAUGCAAGAAGGUAUCGAGAGGUUGGAUGACCGGCCCAGGACCUUGAUGAGGACGGCUUCGACCAAGUGUUGAUUCAAAUGUUUUGUAAAGACCAUUUUCGGCAUGCCCUUGGUGGAAGAAUCAUCAUGAAUGUUCAAUAAGAAGCAUUGUCGAUUAUAUAUAUAUUUACACUGUUAAUUUUUAUUUUUUUUAUUUUUUUAUUGUUUCAAACCUAAGUAUGAGGUGGUUGUUUUGUCAGUCGUGAUUCCUUGUCCAUGUACUUGUGUGAUUGGUUCUCUUAUAUUGUUCAAGUUUGAUGUACAUGUUGAACAUUAUGUGCUCUCUCUCUCUCUCUCACACACACAUUAUGAAAUGUUCUCUUAUAUUGUUCAAUUUGUUGGGGAAUUUUUUUGUUGCAUUUGGGUUUCCUUGAAACUAAUGUAUGCUGUAUUAGUGGUGGUGGUUGAUGACAGUAGUGGUGGUGGGAUGGUGAUGGUGGCACCAACCUAGUUGAGGCAGUGGUGGGUGGUGGUUGAGAUGUUGGUGGCGGUGAUAGUCACUACCAGAAAAAGGGGGUAUAGCAACGCUUCUUUUGUGGCAUUUAGGAAAACGCCAUGAUGGAUUAAUUAUAGACAACGUUUUCAAAAAAUGUUGUCUCUGGAUCGCAGUUACACGACACCGUUUUAGGUCAAUUAGUUCACACCAUUCAAAACUCCGUCCCUUUCAAACCGUCUCGCACUCUCACUCUUGCUCUCACUCUUCCACAGCUCACUCUCUCUCUUCCAAAACUCAAAAACCCUCGAUUUGAAGCUCUGAAACUCAAAAACCCAUUCGAUCAAACAAACUCAACUCUCUCUCUCAAACAAACUCACUCUCUUGCUCAGACAAACUCACUCGAUUUCAAACACUCUCGCUUGAUUUCAAACACUCUCGAUCGAUUUCAAAUCUGUGGAUUUCAAAACUUGUUGCAGAUUUUGGUCACUAGAUUUGCGCUUAUCUUUCGAUUUUGGUUCUCCUCUCUUUUGAUUUUGUGAGUUUCGAUUUUGGUCCUUUGGUCAAUCCAGAUUUUGAAGCUCAUUUAGGGGCCUUUAUUUAUUUUUAUUUAUUUUUUAUUUUUUUUGAAGAUCUGUAAGUUUGUUGUUGCUUUGUUUUGUUGCAGAUCUCGCUCAAUUGGCCACUUCUUUUUGUUGCAGAACUCAGAUUUGUCAAUAUAAAUGCUGAUGAGUCGAUGAAGAAAUUUGUUUUGGCAUCUGUUGGAAAAAAAUGGAGAGAGUGGAAGGCUAGAGUUAAACAAAUGGGGAACUCAUCGACCCGAAAGAGUACAUGAGUAUCAAUGGUGGAGCUUAGUCUAUUAUUGGGGCAUUCGGAAGGCACAAGUAUCAUUUAAUAAUAAAUUGUACUUUUACAUGGGAUUAGUGUUAAAUUGUUUAUUGAACUCUAUUGUAAUCUCAUAAGAUUAGUUUGUUAAUUAAUAAAUUAUCUUGUGCUUGUGUUCAUAUGUAAUAGAAAAAAAGUACAAAAAACAAAGAAAUUCGGAAGAAGAAGACAUUAAAUCACAUAACCGGCAGAAAACCAUUCUCAGUUGUUCGAGUAGAGGAAACAAAUAAGAAGAAUGGAGUUCCUGCAACUCGCUUAGAGGUGUGGAUGGCUGGGUACUCGAAGGAUAACAAACCAAGUAUUGAUAAAGUUGCUGAGGUCAUGGUAUUUAGCUUGGUUUCAAAUUGAAACUGUUCAAAUCUAAGACACAAAUGAAGGAGCUUGGGGCGCAAUCCAAUGUUACAGAUGAAGAGAUUAUCACACAGGUUCUAGGGCCUGAGCGAUCUGGUUGUGUUCGAGCAUAUGGAUUGGGUCCUUCUCCGACAGAUGUCUUUGGAGGCGGAUAUAGGCAAUCACAAGAACAAACUUGUAUCAUCCAAACGCAGUCCAAGAGCAACUUAACCAAUAUAAAGCACAAAUAGAGAUGCAAAUGAAGGAGAUGAUGGAUGCUAUGCUUAAUCAACAGAAAUUAAAAAUGGAGAUACAAAGCACAAUCCAAACUCAACAAGCACGAAUAGAGCAAUUGGAGUCUCAACAGGCCAUGGGUGGGCCUGUUGCACCAGCUGCUACACAUUUGCAUUCACAACAACAAUCCUAUGCAUACAUCUCAUCAUUUAAUUGCCAUCGUUUGUUCGAGGAAGUUCACAUAUCAAAGAAAGAAAAGAAGAAGUAGAUAUGACAAACUCAG